CUCAUAAGAUGAGUGUUUUUCGUUGCCACCAGUGCACGUUUGCCUAUUUGUCUGGGAAGGAAAAGCAACUUGUGCAGCCUCUUGUAACGUUCCUCUCCAAGGUCCUGAAAUCUGCUCUUCCAAGCACGCAUCAUGUGACUUCAGCCAGCACUGCCUAGCUCAGCAGCAAGCCUGCUGCUUUCUGGAGAUUUCAGGAGAGAAUCAGACUCGGGAGCCCAUCUUCCUCUCAUGUUUGGUUUUCAAAUUUUCUGUUUUACCCUUUUUUGAUCACCAAAUUGAAUGAUGAGGAGCUAAAAAAAAAAAGUGCUCGGAGUCCCACAAAACAUUUUUUAGGAUGCUGGACUUGCGCUCCUCGCUUUGUUCCUUUCUUUCCACUUAAAUGCCAGCACGGUGAAUGCGUCGGACAGAGUGGACGAGCCUGCUGCCAGAGCCCCGCAUCCACAAACUGAGCGUCUCCUCUGUCUUCAUUUGACUUCCCAAGGAUGUAACGACCGACCUGCUGCGCGCAGCUGAAGCUCCUCACCAAAAAUGCAGAAGGGAAUACGACUUAAUGAUGGUCAUGUCACCUACCUGGGGCUUUUGGCAAAGAAGGAUGGCACGAGGAGAGGGUGCUUGAGCAAAAAGAGCUCAGAUAACACCAAAUGGCACACUAAGUGGUUUGCUUUGUUGCAGAAUAUGCUCUUUUAUUUCGAGAACGAGUCCAGCUCUCGACCCUCGGGAUUGUACUUGUUGGAGGGAUGCAUGUGCGACAGAGCGCCUUCACCCAAGCCCUCGCUGUCAGCCAAGGAGUGCUUGGAGAAGCAGUACUAUUUCACAGUCAGCUUCACCCAUGAAAACCAGAAGGCACUUGAGCUGCGCACAGAAGAUGUAAAAGACUGCGAUGAAUGGGUGGCAGCAAUAUCACACGCCAGUUACAGGAACUUGGCGACUGAGCAUGAGACUCUCAUGCAGAAGUAUCUUCAUCUGCUUCAGAUUGUGGAGACUGAGAAAACCGUUGCUAAGCAACUUCGACAACAGAUAGAAGAUGGGGAAAUAGAGAUUGAAAGGCUGAAGUCAGAGAUUGCAGGACUGCUCAAAGACAACGAGAAGAUCAACACCAGCCCAGCAGCUGCUCCUAGUGACGACGACUCCGAAAUCAAGAAGAUCAAGAAGGUCCAGAGUUUUCUGCGGGGUUGGAUCUGCAGGAGGAAAUGGAAGACCAUCAUCCAGGAUUACAUCCGCUCACCUCACGCAGAGAGCAUGAGGAAGAGGAACCAGGUGGUCUUCAGCAUGUUGGACUCAGAGGCCGAGUACGUGCAACAGCUUCACAUCCUGGUGAACAACUUUCUGAGGCCUCUGCGUAUGGCUGCCAGCUCCAAGAAGCCCCCCAUCACCCACGACGACGUCAGCAGCAUCUUCCUCAACAGUGAAACUAUUAUGUUCCUGCAUCAGAUUUUCUACCAGGGUCUUAAAGCCAGAAUAGCAAGCUGGCCUACAUUAGUCCUGGCUGACCUCUUUGACAUCUUGCUGCCCAUGCUGAACAUCUACCAAGAGUUUGUAAGGAACCACCAGUACAGCCUGCAGAUCCUGGCUCACUGCAAGCAGAACAGGGACUUUGACAAACUACUGAAGCAGUACGAGGCCAAGCCUGAUUGUGAGGAAAGGACUCUGGAGACCUUUCUCACCUACCCAAUGUUCCAGAUACCCCGCUAUAUUCUUACUCUCCACGAGCUUCUGGCCCACACACCCCAUGAACACAUAGAGAGAAACAGUCUGGAUUAUGCCAAGUCCAAGCUGGAGGAACUCUCCAGAAUAAUGCACGACGAGGUAAGCGAGACGGAGAACAUCAGGAAGAACUUGGCGAUAGAGCGCAUGAUCAUAGAGGGUUGUGAAGUCCUCCUUGAUACCAGCCAGACGUUCGUAAGACAAGGGUCUCUGAUCCAGGUGCCAAUGAGCGAGAAGGGCAAAAUUACCCGAGGGCGACUGGGCUCGCUGUCUCUAAAGAAGGAGGGAGAGAGGCAGUGCUUUCUGUUCUCCAAGCAUUUAAUCAUCUGCACCAGGGGUUCUGGAGCAAAGCUUCAUCUCACCAAGAAUGGAGUCGUCUCCCUGAUAGACUGCACUCUUAUGGAGGAGCCUGAGGGAACCGAUGAUGAGUCCAAAUCAGACAAGAGUGGCCAGGACAUGGAGCACCUGGACUUCAAGAUUGUUGUGGAGCCAAAAGACAGCCAGUCGUUCACAGUCAUCCUGGUGGCUUCCUCCAGGCAGGAGAAGUCUGCAUGGACCAGUGACAUCAGCCAGUGCAUAGAUAACAUUCGCUGCAACGGCCUGAUGAUGAAUGCCUUUGAAGACAACUCCAAAGUCACGGUGCCACAGAUGAUCAAGUCAGAUUCAAGUCUGUACUGUGAUGACGUGGAUAUCCGCUUCAGUAAGAUGAUGAAUUCCUGUAAAGUGCUGCAGAUCCGCUAUGCCAGCGUGGAACGGCUGCUGGAAAGACUGACUGAUCUGCGUUUCCUUUCCAUCGACUUCCUCAACACUUUCUUGCACUCGUACCGCGUGUUCACCACCGCCGACGUGGUGCUGGAUAAGCUCAUCACCAUCUACAAGAAACCCAUCAGUGCCAUUCCUGCUCGAUCCCUGGAAUUAUUCUUUGCCAGCAACCAAAACAGCAAACUCUUGUACGGAGAGCCACCUGGCUCCCCCAGGGCUAGCAGAAAGUUCUCCUCCCCGCCACCUCUUGCUAUCGCCAAGAACUCAUCUCCAAACCGCCGCCGCAAGCUCUCACUCAACAUUCCCAUCAUCACCGGGGGCAAAGCUCUUGACCUGGCUGCCCUUAGCUGCUCCUCAAAUGGCUAUGCAAGCAUGUAUUCCACUAUGUCCCCAUUCAGCAAAACCACACUGGACAUCAACAAGCUUUACGUGUCCAGCCCUAUCGCCAGCAAAAUCUCCGACGAGGGGGAGGACAAGAAGGAAAAGGUGGAGGACGCUUCUGUCUGCAAGCAAGAUCUUUCUGUUCGAGAGGAAAGUGACAAUGAUCAAAACCAGAGCGAUGACGGGGAUGCAGAGGCGUCUCCUACUAAGUCUCCCACUACACCAAAAAACAUCAAAUGCAAAAACUCCUCAGAAUUUUCCCUGUUUUCCUACAACAAUGGCAUGGUCAUGCCGUCAUGUAGAGAGCUCGACAACAAUCGCAGCGCUCUCUCCGCCGCCUCUGCCUUCGCUAUCGCCACUGCUGGAGCCAAUGAGGGGACACCUACCAAGGAAAAGUAUCGGCGCAUGUCCCUCGCCAGCACAGGUUUUCCAACAGACCAGAGAAAUGGUGACAAAGAGUUUGUAAUUAGACGGGCGGCCACCAACAGAGUCCUGAAUGUGCUGAGACAUUGGGUGUCCAAACAUGCUCAGGACUUUGAAAGCAACAAUGAGCUGAAAACUAAAGUCAUCGCCUUCCUUGAGGAAGUGAUGCAUGACCCUGAACUGUUAACACAGGAGAGGAAAGCAGCAGCCAACAUCAUCAGGACUUUAACUCAGGAAGAUCAUGGUGACAAUCAGAUCACCACAGAGGACGUAACACAACUGGUUGGAGGGGGUAAAGCUGAACCCUUUGAGAGCCACUCUGCACUGGAGAUUGCAGAGCAGCUGACUCUACUGGACCACUUGGUGUUCAAAGUCAUCCCAUACGAGGAGUUCUUUGGUCUAGGCUGGAUGAAGAAUGACAAAAAUGAGAAGACGCCGUACAUCAUGAGAACAACAAAGCACUUCAAUGAUAUGAGUGACCUGAUAGCGACAGAGAUCUUACGGAGUGAAGACGUUGUGACCCGAGUAUCAGUCAUUGAGAAAUGGGUAGCGGUGGCGGACAUCUGCCGCUGUUUGCAUAACUACAACGCCGUGCUGGAGAUCACCUCCUCCCUCAACCGCAGCUCUGUUUUCCGCCUGAAGAAAACUUGGCUCAAAGUUUCCAAGCAGACAAAAGCCUUAAUUGACAAGCUGCAGAAGUUGGUAUCAUCCGACGGGAGGUUCAAAAACCUGAGAGAAGCUUUGAAGAAUUGUGAUCCUCCUUGCGUGCCCUAUCUGGGGAUGUACCUCAGUGAUUUGGCUUUCAUUGAAGAGGGAACACCAAAUUACACCGAAGACAACCUGGUCAACUUCUCAAAGAUGAGAAUGAUUUCUCACAUCAUCAGAGAAAUCCGGCAGUUUCAGCAAACUGCAUACAAGAUUGAUCUUCAACCAAAGGUAGCCCAGUAUCUCCUGGACAAGAGCUCUGCUCUGGAUGAAGAAAGCAUGUACAAAGCCUCACUCAGAAUUGAGCCUAAAGUGCCCAACUAAGGAGAGAGGUUGUUCUUCAAUUAAUUAUGUUAAUACUACUCAUACGUUAACAUUGAGAUUUGUAUAGAUGUACAUGAUUAGGAUAGCCACUCUUCUGUACAGUAGAUGUUUGAAAUAGUUUCACACAUACAAGUUAGUGUUUUUUUAUUGUUGCCAUGACACUACCUGUUAAAAUAACUUUUUUUUUAGUAAUUCACGAAUAAUAAUAGAGGUCACUCUAGUUGCAUGCAACUGUGUCCUUUUUAGUGACCAAUGACAUUAUUUUAAUUGAUGAUGUGAGACUGUGUAUAAUUUGCACUUUCUGAGCACCUGUGAUGCUGGCCAUUGUUCUCUUGGCUUGGGUUUUAUUGAUCACUGAAGUUCUCUGCAAACAAUGUAGCACUGUAUAAACGAACUGCAUCAAAUCAGGUAAAAGAGCACAGAGGAAAUAAGCUAACUGUAACUCCAGAGAGAGAACACUGAUCAGUGGAAAUGACAGCAAGCUUUCCAAAGCGUACAUGUCUUUGUGUUUCCCAGACCAAAAUGAGAAGCAUUUGUUCUUUUCACUUCUGAUCACUACUCUAAAAAACAAUUUCAGUGUUUUAAUAUGUUAAAACAAAUUGCUGUAAAGUUGCCUAAAAGAGCAACCAGGUAUAAAGAGAACCAGAAACAAAGAAGUGU